CUCCGGUAUCUCUCAGCCUUCCUCCUCAGUUCCUCACCCUUUCCCCCUUCUCGUCGACCGUCUCCGUCGAACAGACGGCGAGGGUCCUCCGUCAUCCCUGCUAUCUGAUCUAGCAUCCGCCUCCCCUACUCAAAUCCAAACCUUUCCUCUGCAAAGAAGACUUACCCGUCUCUUAAUUCCAAUCUAACCUUCGCGUUUGCCGAUUCCCAGCAGAAGAAAUGCGAUCUCUCAUCGGCGCAUUGGUUCGAAGGCAAACCCUCGGCAGCAGCUCCGUAACUGCGCGGUUGCAGUCGAGCGGAAGAGUAGGCGCUUCAUUCGCCAACUGUGGCAAUGAAAAUCACCGGUUCUGUUCUUCGGCUUCGAAUUGCCCUCGCUGUUCGAAGAAUCACUUUCUCCGCGCGUUUCACCAUUUCCCUUCUGGCUCUCCUCGCCCAUCGACAUCAGAGUUGAAGAGUGGGAGCCUCGCCAAGUUUGGUGGCAGUGGGAUAAGCUCUAGUCUAAAUUUAUCGCCUUGGUCUGUUCUUGGGACUUCUUUCCCAAGCAGGGGCAUUUCAACUGCGGGUUCCUCUGAUGCACCGACUUCGCAAGAUUCUUCAAUACCGUUUGAUGAUGUACCACCGCGAAUCAAAUUCAAGAGGAUGGAUAAAACAGCAAGGAACAUAAUGCAGGACAUUAAUGGCAUUAUUAUUUUCUGGCAGAUUCUCAAUAGGGAGGCUGUAGAGGAAGUGAGAACACAGAGAGAAGUACCCGAUAUACGUCCUGGUUACAUUGUGCAACUCAAAGUGGAAGUGCCUGAAAAUAAGAGGCGUCUUUCAACCGUUAAGGGCAUUGUUAUAGCAAGACGCAAUGCUGGUAUAAACACCACAUUUAGGAUCAGAAGGCAGGUAGCAGGAGUUGGAGUUGAGUCUCUCUUCAUGUUAUACUCGCCUAACAUAAAGGAGGUUAAGAUUUUGGACAAGAAGAAAGUAAGAAGAGCCAAGCUUUACUAUCUGAGAGAAAAGAUGAAUGCCCUUUCAAAAUAGCCAGUCUGUCGCUAUCGGAAGAACAUCAUUGGUUAAGGGAGAUGGUAGACUUCGAUUUUAAGACACUCCUUUUGCUGUUAGCUACACCUGAAUAACUAGGUCAAUUGUCGAAUUUUGUCGAGACUAUUUGCUCCAUUGUACAACACUACCAGUAGCAUGCACAUGGGAGUACAAAGAAUCCCUUCAAAGAUUCUCCAAACUCUAAUUGCAGCAAAUGGAAUCAAAAUCGAUUAUAUUAAUAUUGUUGGCUGAUCCUUCUUAGAGCCUAAAUCUGCUUUUUACGUACAAAAUUUUCUAACUAGUUCUACAUUCUCCUCUACUUUGAGGCGAACUAUUUGCUUGAGCCCCAAGAAAAGAUAGUAUGAAAGCAU